GCCGCUUCACGGCACUGACGACAUUAGUUCCUUUACUUUCACAGUAUCCACCGUGUUCACGGUAGAAAAUGACAAAACAUUUUGUAUUUUUUUAAAGGAAACUGUAAUGGAGUGAACGUGAAAAAUAUAGCGCUAAAGACAUUUCCCUAGACGUGCCGGCAUAAUAUAGGAAGAGUUUCUCUGUUAGUGGGUUAGGGCUCUCCCAGACCGUGUGGCCGCGGGGGCUGACGGUACAGUCUGAGGACUGAAGGCCUCCGUAGUGAUAACAGUUUAAAGAUUACGUGUCAUCCUAAUGAGUGAGGUGUAGAUACGGAGAGAUGGCAGACAGUGCAGGGCUGCAGUUUGUCAGCCCUUAUGCGUUUGAAGCCAUGCAGAAGGUGGAUGUGGUGCGCCUGGCUGCUUUAAGUGAUCCAGAGCUGAGGCUGCUGCUGCCCUGCUUGGUGAGGAUGGCUUUAUGUGCUCCAGCUGAUCAGAGCCAGUCCUGGGCGCAGGACAAGAAGCUUAUCCUCCGCCUGCUUUCUGGAGUCGAAGCCGUCAACUCUAUUGUAGCGCUUCUGUCUGUUGACUUUCAUGCCUUGGAGCAGGAUGCACGAAAGGAGCAGCAACUUAGGCACAAGGCAGGUGGCUCUAAUGGCGAAAGCAUCCUAGUAUCACAACUACAGCAUGGCCUGACCCUGGAGUUUGAACAUAGUGAUCCCCUCAGAAGACUCCGUCUGACCCUCAGUGAACUCUUGGCUAUCAUGAACAAGGUGGCAGACUCAAAUGGAGAGUUUUUCUUAAAGUCUUCUGAACUCUUUGAAAGCCCGGUGUACUUGGAAGAGGUUGCAGACGUCCUCUGCAUAUUACAAGCAGAGCUGCCGUCAUUGCUGCCGAUUGUGGAUGUGGCAGAGGCUUUACUUCAUGUACGCAAUGGGGACUGGUUUUUGUGUCUGCUGGUUGCCAAUGUUCCUGACAGCUUCAAUGAAGUGUGCAGAGGUUUGAUUAAGAAUGGAGAGCGUCAGGACGAGGAGAGUGUGGGUGGUCGGCGCAGGACUGAAGCGCUCAGGCAGUUGUGUCAGAUGAACCCCUCACAGGCUCUCAAUAUCCGGGCUAUGGUGGUGGAGGAGUGCCACCUGCCUGGUCUGGGUGUGGCUCUUACUCUGGAUUACAAACCAGAUGCAGCAGAUGAGGCAGUCAGUCCCCUCGUCUCUUAUGUCAGUGGGCUGCUGCUUGGCACUAAUAGCAAAGUCCGUACCUGGUUCAGCAUGUUCAUUCGCAAUGGACAGCAGCGGAAGAGAGAAAGCAGCUCAGUGCUGUGGCAGAUGCGCAGACAGCUGCUGCUAGAGCUCGUCGCCAUCCUGCCACGUUCACGCAGCACCCAUGUGCCCAAUGACGGAGACAUGGAGGAGGAAGGGGGUUCAGGGUACUCUGGCCUCAGAGAAGAGCAUGUGGUGAAGGCCAGUGCUCUGCUUCGACUGUACUGUGCCCUCAUGGGUAUUGCAGGUCUCAGACCUACAGAUGAGGAAGCAGAGCAGCUAUUGCAGCUGAUGACCAGCCGGCCUCCUGCUACUCCUGCUGGUGUUCGCUUUGUGUCCCUGUCCUUCUGCAAACUGCUGGCUUUCCCUACUCUAGUCAGCACUCCAGAGCAAGAACAACUGAUGGUCAUGUGGCUCAGUUGGAUGAUCAAAGAGGAGGAAUACUUUGAAAGUGCUGCAGGCGUAUCUGCUUCUUUUGGAGAGAUGCUAUUACUGGUUGCCAUGUAUUUCCAUAGCAACCAGCUGAGCUCCAUUAUUGAGUUGGUGUGCUCUACUUUGGGGAUGAAGAUUGCCAUCAAACCCAGCUCCCUGAGCAAGAUGAAGACUAUCUUCACACAGGAGAUCUUCACUGAACAGGUGGUUACAGCUCAUGCAGUUAGGGUUGCAGUGACCAACAACCUGAGUGCCAACAUCACAGGAUUUCUUCCCAUUCACUGCAUCUACCAGCUGCUUCGGAGCCGAGCCUUCACCAAGCACAAAGUGUCUAUUAAGGACUGGAUUUAUCGCCAACUCUGUGAGACAACAACACCCAUCCACACCCAACUUAUUCCCCUAAUUGAUGCUUAUAUCAACUCCAUCCUUACUCCAGCUUCCAAGGCAAACCCAGAGGCCACCAACCAGCCUAUCACAGAGCAGGAGAUCCUCAAUGUCUUCCAGAGCGCUGCAGGGCAAGGAGACGGUAGUCGAGGAGGGCGACAGCGCUACUCUAUCACCACCCAACUGCUUAUCCUAUACUACAUCCUGUCUUAUGAGGAGAACCUGCUGGCUAGCACCAAACAGCUGGCUCUGAUGCAGAGGAAGCCAAAGUCCUACUCCGCAGCCUUGAUGGACCAGAUCCCCAUUAAGUACUUGGUUACCCAGGCCCAAGGGUUGCAGCAGGAACUAGGGGGUCUGCACUCUGCCCUGCUGAGACUGCUUGCAACCAACUACCCACACCUAUGUCUAGUGGAGGACUGGGUGUGUGCGGAGGAGGUGACUGGCACCCUGCCCCUGUUAAGGAAGAUGAUGCUUCCCAGCAACACCUGUAGAUACACUCAGAGACAGCUUCACCAGGCCUUCCAGAAGUUGCCAUCUGGUAGUCCCAGGCUGAUGCGGAUCCUGGAACAUUUAACACUGCUUUCACCUGGAGACCUGAUCCCUUAUGCAGAGGCCCUCACUGCCAGCAUGGCUCUGUUGCUAGAGCCUGCUGUGCCUCGCCGUGUACUGCAGACCCUCAACAAGCUCUGGAUGGGUCUUAACACUGUGAUGCCCCGCAGGCUGUGGGUGAUGACAGUAAAUGCCCUCCAACCUUCAGCUAAGCUGCUCAGGCAGCAGAAGUACACUCAGAAUGAUCUGAUGGUCGAUCCUCUCAUUGUGCUGCGUUGUGAUCAAAGAGUAUACAGGUGUCCUCCUUUAAUGGACAUUGUCCUUCACAUGCUGAAUGGCUAUCUGCUAGCCUCAAAAGCCUACCUACAGUGUCACUUGAAGGAAACGGCUGAUUUUGAUCGGCAGACCCAGUCUGUGUCAAGCCUUGUGCCCGGACAAACGGAUACACCGGAGGUCACCAGGGAGGAGCUAAAGAACGCCCUUUUAUCUGCGCAGGACAGCGCAGCAGUCCAGAUUCUUCUGGAGGUGUGCCUGCCAACCUCGGAAGAGCAGCAGCUGGGGGCCACCACAGACAGCCUGUUGAGGAGCAUUCGGGGCCUCACGCCAGGGAAAUCGAAACAGGGAAGCCUGGGGCCUGCAGCCAAGGGGGGCGUGGAGGCUGCUGAGCCAGAGGGAGGUCUCCUCAGUGAUUUGAGGGAGGUGCAAUGUCUCAUCUGUUGUCUGCUGCAUCAAAUGUUCAUCGCCGACCCCAACAUUGCCAAGUUGGUUCACUUUCAGGGUUACCCUCAAGCUCUGCUGCCUCUAACUGUGGCAGGCAUUCCCUCCAUCCAUAUCUGUCUGGACUUCAUCCCAGAGCUGCUGGCCCAGCCCCAGCUGGAAAAGCAGAUCUUUGCAAUCCAGUUACUAUCAUACCUGUGCACUCAAUACGCCUUACCCAAGUCCCUGAGUGUGGCCAGGUUGGCCAUCAGUGUCAUGGGCACCCUUCUUACAGUGCUGACUCGUGCCAAGCGUUUCCUCUUCUUCAUGCCCACCCUGCCAUGCCUGGUGGCUUUCUGCCAGGCAUUCCCUCCACUCUAUGAUGAUGUGGCAGCUCUCUUAGUACAAGUUGGCCAGGUUUGUGCUUCGGAUGUGGCCACCAAAGCCAGGGACAUUGAUCCUUUUAUUGCACGUUUGCAGUAUCUCAAGGAGAAACCGCAGGAGGCGGUGGUUUCAGGAGGGCGCCCCUGCAAACUGACUCUACCCCAGAAGACAGCAGAAGAACUGGGUGGAGCUGACCCUGAUGUCCAACUCUGCUACUGCAUAGAAGCCACCUUCAUGGACAUUAUCAGCUGCACCCUUCAUGGAUUAUAGAGCGAACACACAGAGACUCUGGAAGGUUCAAAGGGACUUGGUUUAAACCAACAACUCCAAACACUGCCUCUGUGUUUGUGUGCUGUCAUGAUUUGUAGAAAGUAAAAUAAUGAAAAUGUUAACUGGGUUCAAAUUUUUUGACCCCUCUAGGCAUAUUUUUUUAAGUGACAUUUUUCCUCAGACACUGAUAAGAAAGUGUUUUUUUGUAAUGUAUUUGUAAUAAAACAAAGGAAAUACCCGUCUGAGGUUUAUUCUGAAAGGAAAAACUUAGAUGUGGUAAAUUCUUGGUUUUGUGUUUUCUGUCAAGUAAUUGAUUUUAUUUUCUUGUUUUUACUGGAACUUGUUACUUGUUUUUUUUUUUUGUUUUUUUUUUGUUUUUUGUUUUUUUUAAGCAAUCAAAUGAGGGUCUUUCCUGAAACAGGAAAUUGGCACCUAACACCGCAUACUUAAUUCUAUGGGACUUUUUUUUUUCUUUUCAUUUUAAUAAUGAAAAUCCAUUAGAUAUGGAUCCAUACCUGCCAGGACUAAUGUGAAAAAUACCUGGAAAAUGCAGAAGAACCAACGGCUGACCAGGUAUCAGUGUAAAGUUAGUAAGUUGACUGUGGAGGUGAGGGUAGACGAGGCUUCCAUUUACCAAACUUCCACGAGUGAAACUUUGGUCUAAAAAUAAAAUCCUUCCCUUUUACUUCACCU